AUGCAAAGUCAACCCGAAAUAGAUGCGAAGCCCACGCCAGAGCCUCGAUCCUCUUCCUCAGACGUCGACGGCGACCCACAACCACAGCAACACCGCACGGAUGAGGAGAAGGCGCAGGAUUUCAACCCUGGCUCCAAGCCUAAUGACUUGGGACCUCCUCCAGAUGGCGGGAUUGACGCUUGGCUAGUCGUUGUUGGCGGCUUCUGUACGGUAUUCGCUAGCUUUGGAUGGAUCAACUGCAUCGGUAUUUUUCAGGACUACUAUCAGCAUCACCAGCUGGCAUCGUACUCGCCCAGCACCGUGGCCUGGAUCUCUUCGACGGAAUCAUUUAUGCUGUUCUUCUGGGGACCCCUGGCUGGCAAGCUGACCGACGAGUUUGGGCCUCGCGUCCCGAUUCUGAUGGGCUCGCUGCUGCAUGUAUUCGGCCUCAUGAUGACAUCCAUCUCCAAGGAAUACUACCAGAUACUGCUGUCGCAGAGCGUGUGCAGCGGGCUGGGAUGCUCGUUCCUCUUCUACCCAUCCAUUACCGCCCUGGGGACAUGGUUCCUGAGGCAUCGAGCCCUUGCAUUCGGCAUAAUUACCGCCGGCUCCAGCAUCGGCGGCGUAGUCCUGCCGAUCAUGGUAGAGCGCCUUGUCGUCCGAGUCGGCUUUGGCUGGGCGAUGCGCGCCACAGCAUUUCUUUUCCUCGGCCUCCUCGUGGUGGGCAACUGUACCAUCAAGUCUCGACUGCCUCCGUCACGGAGGAAGUUUAGACUUGCUGACUUCGUGACUCCCUUCUCCGAACCCGCGUUCUUGCUCCUCACCAUCGCUGCGUUCGUGAUUUAUCUGGGAGCAUUCUUGCCUUUUAACUUCAUCAUCGUUCAAGCCAAAGCUGAAGGCAUGUCGACGAGCUUGGCAAAUUACAUGGUUCCCGUUGUUAAUGCUGCUUCAACCUUUGGCCGAAUCAUCCCAGCACACUUUGGCGACAAGUAUGGGGUCUUUAACGUCAUGAUUCUGUUGACAAUCCUGAGUGGGAUCUCCAUCCUCGCAGUUUGGCUUCCCGCUCACUCAAACGCGCCCCUUAUAGUCUUCGCCGCCAUCUACGGCUUCACGUCGGGCUGCACGCUGUCUAUAAUACCCGCUAUGGUGGCAUCCAUGUCGGACGCAAGCAAACUAGGCACGCGGAACGGCUCGCUCUACGGGUUCGCCGCAAUUGGCGUCCUGGUCGGGAGCCCAAUUGGAGGCGCGAUUACAAACGCGCAAGAUGGGAAGUUCUCAGGGCUGAUUGUUUUCUGCGGAAUCUGCCUUCUCCUCGGCGCAGGCGUUACUAUAAUGUCUAGACAUGCAUUGAUUGGCUCGGUACUAAGAAAGAAGGUGUAG